ACAAACAAACAAACAAAAAAAAAAAACAAGUCUUUCUUAACUCUUGGUUUUUUCCACCGUCUCACCUCAUUCACUUUCAUUUAAGCCUCUUAAAGGUAUGAUUGCUACGCUGUCUCAGCUUAUUUACUGUAUUCCCUAUUCUAUGGUUUCUGCUCCCCUGACUGUACUGGAAGUGCUUUUCCUAAGGUAAACAAACUCCUCAUUGCCUAGUCCUUUACUGAUUUUUAAAUUCUCAUUUUUGCCCUCUCUGUAUUCUACAUAAAUAACGGUAACCCUCAUCCUUGCACUCUAGUCACAGUAAUCUCUCAGAAUUUUUCUUACUUUUAUCUUUGUAGGAUAAAGUCUAGCCCAAGAAAGGUCAAUCAUGACCUUACUGACCACUGUCACCUCCACAGUUGAAUCUCCUGUCUUCCGCACCUGUCAGCACACACGUUUUAUGUUUCAGCAGUACGUUGAUAACCCUUGUUUUUGGUCUCUUGUGCUUGCUCAUGUGCUAUUGUUUCCUGUGCCUGGAAUGCCAUUCCCCACCUUGUCAGCUAAUCUUCAACUUUCAAAAUGGCUCAGGAUUUAUGUAUUUCCUUGAUCACACUUCUGAAAGUUAAUCACUUCUUAUGUUUAAUUCACUGUUUCUUGUCUGGUUUAUUUUAGGUAUGUGUUAUCUCAUUUAUUUCAUUCUAGACUGUGGAUGCCCUAGGGGCAGAGUUUGGAUUUUAUUCAUUCUCACUUUCUUUAGUGGUUAGCAUAGUAUUUGGCAUAGAUUUAGCAUCUGGUACAUGCUUGUUGAACUGAAGUAAAUGAAACUAAGCUCUGUGAAGGCACACAUUUUAAAAAGAAAUGAAUGGGCAAAUAUGCCUAAUUGGGAGAAUUUGUUAAGGUAUGAAAAUGAAAAGAGAUGGCAGAGAAAACUAAAUAUAUUUGUUGUCUGCACUUUUACUAAACAAUUGGUAAGGAAAUUCUCAUUCUUAAAUUGUCUAAUGAAGAAAGCAAUUACCCAAGUGGAUAGCAAAUCACUAGAAUGAAAUAUCAUCUGACCAAAGGAAGUUAAAGGUGAAAUUGUGGAGACUUUGGCAAAUUGUUUACCUGAAGUUUUGUUUUCAAAUAGUGGCAGCAAAAUAUUGGCAGGUAGCUUUUAGAGUGUAGUUUUUUCUGCCCUUCUCUGAUGAAUAGAUAUGAUUGAUUUGUUGUAUACAAAUAGGUCCUUGUCAAAUAACUGAAAGUAAUUUUAAAUUACUUGAGAGUGUUUUCCUUUUCUCCAUUUCUGUGAAAGCUGUGAAAACUUCUUAAAGAUUUGGCUGCAUCCUAAAUUAAUGCACAUUUUGAAUUAUUGUGAUUUCUUUUUCAAAAGCACAAAUCAGUUUCUAGCUAUCUACUAUUGUAGUAGCUUGAAACCUGCAGGAAUGGCUUCCUGCUGCAGGAAGCACUUCUCUUUCCUUUUUAAAUCUCUACAGUCCGAGGUGACAGGGAGGCCUGAAUCUCCCAACCAUCUUAAAGCAUCACACUUCCUUAUGUUGUGGCUCCAGAGUCAGAAUAAUUUGGGUCAAAUUUGGGUAAUUUGGAUGAAACAUUUGGGUAACUUGUAGGAACCCAUUUAACUUGGCUAGAAAAGUAAGUGGAACUGUGCAAGCCUGAGGUAUUCUUCCAGCCCUUCAAUACACCCCGUAGUGGAGCUUUUGCUUUGACCUGUGAAAGCCAUGGUAAAGAAAGGCAGAAUGCUGCCGUGGCCUUCGCAGCCUACUCAUCUUCAUCUCAUUCCCUCCUCUUAGUUUUUGGUUCUCAGGCUCGGAUGUAUUUUGUUUCUGCUUGCUUUUUCUGUGCUGAUGCUGUUUCACAAAAUUAUGUUUCUGUUUAGCCAUCUAUUUCAUUUCUCGUUUCUUCCUCCCCAGUUUCCUUAAAAAUAAUAUUUUAUAUUCUACAUAUCCAAAUUCCAAUUUGGAUUUUUAAAAAUAGAAACAUUAUGAUAAUGAAGACAUUAAAAAACUCUUUGACAAAUGAUUAGGUUAUUUCCAGGUAUGUUACUUAAAAGCAUUUUACAUUUCAAAAAGAUGAUGUAUGUACAUUGUGAAUUCAAGUGGUUCAAAAGGGUAAACACUGGAAAGCAAAUCUUUCCACUCAUAUUCCUCACUUCUUCUCUCUGGAGUCAACUGCAGAUACUACUUUUUUUCAUUUUUAUUUUAUCCUUCCGGAGAUAGCCUAUGCAUAUACAAGCAGAUAAAUCUAUUUUUAUAAGAUUUAAAAUGUAUAUAUUGGCACUCUGUGGAGUACUUUUUAUAUCUUUUGGAAUUAGUGAGUGAACUGGCAGUAUUCAUGCUUUAUGAAGUAUAUUACUCUACAUUGCUUCUUUGUGAAAUAAGUAUUGACCUUACAUACUUAUUACACAAAAGGAUCUAUCUUAGGUUUCCCAGUAUUAGUGGUUCAGACAUGACCUACUUUCUGUUUUCAGUUGUGUUGAGCUUCUUACUAAUUUUGACCUAACCCUUUUAUUGGGAACAUAAAGUGCAAAUUGUUUGUGUACUUAACCUCAAUAGUGAUUAAGGGUACUUAGGUGACCGGACGUUCUGUUCUGAUUUUAAUGUAAUUGGCAAAAGUGUACUGAGCACCUUAUCCUCCAACUCAUACAUUAUCUUGACUUUUUCCAAACACUUUACAAGAGUAUAUUAUAGUCAGGAUCUUGAGGCACAAACGAAUUAAGAUUUUCACAGGCCCACUUUACAACUUAGUAAUGGAACCAAGCAAUAUCACCAGAGAUCCCUGGCUCUCUGGCUUUCAGCACUAAUUCAGAACAGUUUUACAAAUGCAUUAGAACUCUGCCAGCUAUACAGGCAGUCUGAUGUAAUUUGACACUUGUUAUUUCCAGAAUGUCAUAGAUUACCCUCCCACCCCCCAAAAACCUUUUAAAGGCUCUAGUUAAAGAUCUUUUUCCAUCCAGUAUUUCCUCAUUUUUCAAUCUGUUUGGUUUUCAGCCUUUUUUCCCACCUACUGUUCCUCCUCAGACUGCCCCAACAGAUUUUGAAUAGAGUUACAUUACCAAUCCGUUUCACAAUCUUAAUGUUCUAAUUCAAAAUCUAUGUAUUAAUGUGUACUCAUCUGCAUUCCUGGAAAGUUAAUCCAGUCGUGUAUCCUGGAAAAUGACCAAUGAACGCACUUGGUGUUGCUUUUCGAUCUUAAAAAAAAGAACUAUUAAAAAAAAAUCCUAUUUGGAAGAGUUCUUAACAGCAUGGGACUAUGAAGAAAAACUUUUAAGUUCCCAUGUUUGCUUGCUCACUAGCACUUUAAUGUGAAUAUGUUUUUCCUACCAUCCCUUGGUUUCUCUGUAUUUAAAUUGUAUAUGCAAUUAUUGCCCUGGAACUGUAUAAGCUUGAGUUUAAGUGGUUCUGAAGCCUCCAGAUAAAAGGUGCUGCUUAAACUCAGUGGUAUGAUAUCGACAGUGACACUUCACCCUCUCCACACACUUUUUAUUCUUUUGAACUGCUGAUUUUAUGGAAGACAGCAAGGUAACUCCUUUGGCUUUUUGUUAAAAAUUUCUAAAACUUUUGUUGGCAUUCUGCUUGAGACAGGUCUUUUUGAUAAUGUCGAUGGUGCCUGUCGCUAGUGGCAUAGCACCUGCUCCAUGUUGUCUGCUGUUGGUGGUGAGGAAUUUUCAUUGAAAAAGCACUUUUCAACCUGAAGUUCCCAAAGCCCUACAUGAACACAACACCUUUCAAUUUUGACACACUCAGUGUUGGCAUAGAAGGCAGCUGCUAUGUAGACAGUUAACACUGUGUAGAUAGAAAGAACAAACUGCUUUGUACUAAAACACACUCUAUCCUUCAGCUUACAAAUGGGAAUCUUGAGCAGUGGGCAGCCCUCUAUUUUCAAGGUCACUUUACUCAUUAUGAAAUAGAUUUCAUUUACCAUGAAAAUUUUUGUUUGGUGGAUGGGCAUGUGCUCAGUGAGCAUCUCCUGUGUUCUAGGCGUUUGUGAAUUGCUUCCACAAAGUCCAGUAGAUCAUGGUCCUGCUAGUAAUCUAGUUUUACUAGAGCCAAGUUUAACAACCACUUUUAUAUUCAUGCUUUUUUCAAAUUCUUAUUACAAACCUGAGAGGAAAGUUUAGGCCAUACAUAAGUGAGACAAUUAAAGCAGAGAGAGAUUAGAUAACUAGCCUAUGGUUUACCCUGCUAGGGAAAGAGCUUCAGUUUCCUAUGUCCAUAUGCUUUCUGUUAUACUACAACUUCCUCUUAUAAUUAACAUUGAUAGAUUUGAGAACUUUACAACGGCCCUGUAAUCCAGAUAGUGCAUUUAUAUAUUUUAGAGCUCUAUAGCAACCCUGUAAUCCAGAUGGUAGAGGUGUUAAUACCUUAUUUUAUGGUUGAAGACAUUUGAGAUACAGUGACUUGCCUGAUGGCACAAAACUAUUAAGUAGUCAGAACUGGGUGGGAUGUAGACCUACCUUCCAUCCUAAAUUCUCUGCCCUUUCUUGUCAGCAUCUGAGAGGCUAGUGAUUUUAAUACUCGGCAACAUUUAUCAAACUGUUACCAUGAUGCCUGAUGCUAUCAGUUGAUACUGAAAGAAAUAGGAUUACACAGUUCCACUCCCCUUUAUAAUAUAGUGGUAGACAUAAGAUAAUCACAAGAAAAAUACCUAAUGUUCAUUAUAAUUAAACAGCAUAAGCAAAAAGUAAACCAGUAACUAUAGUGAAGCAAGUAUGUCACCACUAAUGGGAAACAAUUUGAAGUAUUAUCUGGCUAGUAUCACACAGCCUUCUGAGAAGCUUUUCAGUGCUCAUUCCUGCUAGCUUCUUCUGGGACAAAGUACAGGUAGUGAUUUUUCAGCCUCUUCAUGGCUACUGGCUUCUUCCUUGUAAUCUAUAACCUUGUUUGGUUCUCUCUUAUUUUAAGAUAUGAAAUCUUGACAGUUGCUCCAAUUCCCUACUCUCUUUUGUUCCUGUCUACCUUAUCAUCCCCAUCUUCCUUCUCCACUUCCAGCAAAACUUCUCAAAAUAUUGGCUAAACACUCCACUGUCUGGCGGUUUUCUUUCUUUUUCUUCAUGACUCUGCUUUCCCUGCCUGUCCCUUAAAUAUCAGUGACAAUUGUCCUUCUGUUCUUAUUCAUAAGAUUUUAUAUAUCAUAAUGAUGUCCAGACCUUCAUCUUUAGCUCACCUUUUCCACCCGACUUCAGAUUGUUUCCCCGGAUCUUCCACAGGCACUUCAAAUUGAAGAUGUUUAUAGUGGAAUUCAUUAUUUUCUUCUGUAAAAUGGGCUCUGUUCCUGCUUUCUUGUUAGUUAAUGAUAUCACCAGUCACCUGGUCACCUGAACUAGAAACCUGGGAGUCAUUUUUGACUUUGCCUUCUCCCUUAGCCCCUGUAAUUUCUGAAAAGCUUGCUUUUUAACGUGACUGUGACUCUGCUUCUGCUUUAUAUUUAUUCUACUACUGAAUCGCUUCAGGCUCUCUCCUGAUUUUUGCAGUAUCUUCCUAACGCGUCUCCUUGCCUUUAGUCUUGUUUCCCUCAUAUUCAUCAGCUCCAUGAUUGCCAGGAUGAGUUUGCCCUAAAAAUUAGUUGUUGUAUUCCCCUCUUUAAAACCUUUUAGUUUUUUCCAUUUCUUGUAGGAUAAAGUUCAACCUCCUUAUGUGGUAUACAAGAUCUCCUCUGAGGUUCCUAUAUAGGUGCUCCAGAUGAUGUCUACCAUUGCCAGGCUGCUUUGGCAACAUCAGAUCUUUUGUGCAUACUCAUACAUAUCAUAAUACAUUUUUACUGCUGUUUCUUUUCUUAUGAUGUCUUCUUCUCUGAAUACCCUAAAGUCUCUAUAUCUUUCUCCCUUCUGAUUAUUUUAGUAAAAGAGCCUGACACCUAAUCGUUGAAAUUACAAAAGUCAAUUGUAGCUGCCUAUAUUUUGAUUAAUAUUUAAUAUGGAUCAUAGCCAGCCCCUUAAGUCAUGAGUUAAAGGUUGUCAGAAGUUAGCAUGUUGUUUAAUAUAACCUGUUUUAAUGUAUGCAUGAGCAUUUCUCAGUACUCAUCUUCUCAGAUGCUGGAGUCAUUCAGUGUUUGGACCCUUAACUGGUGCUAAACAGAAAGGUCCCUACCCAAACGCAGAACGAAAAGAGAUGACAUUACAUAUUAUUUAGGAUUAGCUUCAGUUGUAGGUAGCUAAAAAUUUGAAAAGAAUGAUGACUUAAACAAAAUAUGUUGUUUACCUGUCACUAAAAUUUCCAGAGAUAUGUACCAGUAUGGCAGCUCAGUUACAUGCAGUCCUCAAGGAUGCAGAGCACUUUCAGCUCUUCAUUCUACUUUUCUUAGGGUAUAUUCCUUGGGUUCAUUGUCUGGUGGCAUUAGUUUUCUAGGCAACAGAUGGAGGAAGAAACAAAGAAGGAGGGCAAAUGGCACACUCUGGUCAUCUUUUAAUGAUGACUCCUAGAAGCUGACACAGAAUACUUGGUUUCUAUCUCAUCAGCUACAACUUAGCCAGCACUUAUUCCUAAAUAUAGUUAUCCAUAUAUCCAGUUAAAUAUUCUUUUACUAUGGAGGAAGAUAAUGAAUUUUGAGGGACAGAUAUUAAAGGAUUCAUCCAAACUAUUUAGCCUGAUGUUCAAUUUGUAUGUUCUUUUUCAGACCUGUCUCCAAUUACUUAUCCACAUGAAUCCUAUGCACCAGCUAAAAGCUUUCUCAUUGCCAUUGGUUGGAAGUAAUCACUCCUCUUCUAAAUCUUCAUUUUAAGAAAGAAACAUGGAUCAACCUAGUGGAAGAAGUUUCAUGCAAGUAUUAUGUGAAAAAUAUAGUCCUGAAAAUUUUCCUUACCGCCGUGGCCCGGGGAUGGGAGUCCAUGUCCCAGCCACACCUCAGGGCUCUCCUAUGAAAGAUCGCCUCAACCUCCCAAGUGUACUAGUGUUGAACAGCUGUGGAAUAACCUGUGCAGGAGAUGAAAAAGAAAUUGCUGCCUUCUGCGCUCAUGUGUCGGAACUAGAUCUUUCUGACAACAAACUCGAAGACUGGCAUGAGGUCAGUAAAAUUGUGUCAAAUGUUCCUCAGCUGGAGUUUCUAAACCUGAGUUCCAACCCUCUGAAUUUGUCGGUUUUAGAAAGAACAUGUGCUGGGUCCUUCUCUGGGGUUCGCAAACUUGUCCUCAACAACAGCAAAGCUUCUUGGGAGACAGUCCACACGAUACUGCAGGAGUUACCAGAUUUGGAGGAGCUCUUCCUGUGCCUUAAUGACUAUGAAACAGUGUCUUGUCCUUCUAUUUGCUGUCAUUCUCUUAAGCUACUACAUAUAACAGACAAUAACCUCCAAGACUGGACUGAAAUACGAAAGUUAGGAGUUAUGUUUCCUUCACUGGAUACCCUCGUCCUGGCCAACAAUCAUUUGAAUGCUAUUGAGGAGCCUGAUGAUUCAUUGGCCAGGUUGUUUCCUAAUCUUCGAUCCAUCAGCCUCCACAAGUCAGGUUUGCAGUCCUGGGAAGACAUUGAUAAACUAAAUUCAUUUCCCAAACUGGAAGAAGUGAGAUUGUUAGGAAUUCCACUUCUGCAGCCAUACACCACUGAGGAGCGAAGGAAAUUGGUAAUAGCCAGAUUACCAUCAGUUUCCAAACUUAAUGGUAGCGUUGUUACCGAUGGUGAACGAGAAGAUUCUGAGAGAUUUUUUAUUCGUUACUAUGUGGAUGUUCCACAGGAAGAAGUGCCAUUCAGGUAUCAUGAACUGAUCACAAAAUAUGGGAAGUUGGAGCCUUUGGCAGAAGUGGACCUAAGACCCCAGAGCAGUGCAAAAGUAGAAGUCCACUUUAAUGAUCAGGUGGAAGAAAUGAGCAUUCGUCUGGACCAAACAGUUGCAGAACUAAAGAAACAGUUAAAAACUCUAGUACAAUUACCCACAAGCAACAUGCUUCUCUACUAUUUUGACCAUGAAGCACCCUUUGGCCCAGAGGAAAUGAAGUACAGCUCUCGGGCAUUGCAUUCUUUCGGCAUUAGGGAUGGAGAUAAAAUUUAUGUGGAAUCGAAAACAAAAUAACCUCUACCAGCCUUGUGAAAACAUACGCAUAAGGACUUGUUGCAGGGCAUUUGUUUUUAAUGUGGUUUUCUUUAGGAGGGAGAAGGUUGUUUUUGUUUUGUUUUGUUCUGUUUAGGUUUGGGAGGGAUUUUGUAUAUUUUUCCCCUGGAGUGGGUAGGGGGCCAUUUUUGGUAUUUUCUACCACAGGUUUAUUUGGCUUAGCCAGCGGAAUUGGCCACAUUUCCAGUCUAUGUGCCCUCUCUGAGGAAAGAUGACAAAGAAAUCACCGCCUUCUUACUGUGUUCACUGGGAUUUGUCUGCCACUUGGUUAUCAUUACUGUUGGGUGUACUUAUGAAGAUAGCAUGAACAGUGUAGCCCCUCAGAAGGGUCUCUUAGAGAAUUUAAACGAGGAGACAAGGAAUCUUCACAGGAAGGGCCAGAACUUUUCUCUCCUAGUUCUUCCUUCCGCUGCCCUCCCUCCUUGCCUUUUUUGGUUCAAUUCCAUUUUUUUUUAUUUUGACAUGUGGUUUGCCUAAUAUUUUUGUUGUGUUUAGAAUUAACUUCUCAUUUCUCAACCCGGGUGAUUUUUUUUUUUUUGUUCUCAUUUCUCUCUUUUGAAAUAAUUGAAAGUGUUUUAAGAAUUUUUCAACCUGAUUCUAAUCUCAGGUAUGCAGUAAGAGGCUAUAACUCUGUUAGAACCUUGAAGAAGAGUAGAUGUAGAGUGAAAACUCCAGGAAAACUUGCAGUUGUUCCAGAAGCACCACAGAACAGUCUGAUCUCUUUGUAUGUUACCAACUCACUUUUAAUGCCCCUAGUACAUUAUAUCAGCCAUUACCUAUGUCAGAUUCCAGAGUUCUUUUAUUUUUGCUUAUUGAAUAUAUUUUCUCAUAUCUUUCUUUUUCAUUACUUUAAGCUACUGGGAAUUGAGGCCUGACUUUAUAAAGAAUCCAAUAGAGUCCUGGAUACCUGUGCCAGGAGAGUUGAGAAUUAGCUCAUAAACUAUCUGUGGUGUGUGUGGGGGAAUGUGGGGGAAGAGCUUAUGACUUUCCCACCUGUGUCAUUCAUUCAAAGCCCUUGCUCUUGCACUUUGCAAUCAAAAGUAGGAAACAUUAAUCAAAAGGAGCUUUUAUUCCCAGAUUUUCCCUGGGACUUUGUGAUGUCAUAAUUGGACAAUUCUUUUGUUUUGCAUUUCAAUUUAGUUGACUCAUAGAAGAAUAACUGCCCAACCUAUGAGUAAAGUGUAAGUGUCAAAACUUCAGAAUUGCCUCUAAGUCAUAUUUUUGCAGAAGCACAUUUAAAGCACUUUUCUUUAAAAGCUAGUUCCUUAUGUGCUCUGAAAUCUUUUUGUUUGUUCUUCUGUUCCCUUGUUAAUCAGAUGUAAUCCCUUUCUUUAAUGUGUAUUUUUCUUGGUCCACCAUGUUUACAGAUGGGAGACUUGAGAAAUACUUAGCAUAACUGGGGCAGAAGGUGUGUAAGUGAAGUAUUUUUUCAAAGAAUGCAAUUAUUAUCUGAUUGCAUUUGACCUUUUGACCUUUGUUACAUAAUUCCACCCCUCCUACAAAUUUAAUUUUUUAUGAAGUUUUUAGAUGACUCUUGUAAAUUCUUCAUGUAUGAGGAGUUGUGUUUAUUAAUGCUACUUUUUAAAUUUUCCUGUGCCAUGUGGCAGAUGUUUAUUCUCUUAAUGCACUUCAGGUUUGCUAUCUGUAAAGCCUUUGACCCAGGCCUAUUGAGUCAAAUCUACAUUCAGUGUAACAUUAAAGGUGGAAACCAAAGGGUUUGAGAAAGAUGAAUAAGGCCUAUUCUCCUUCUGCUGCAGACUUUAUCUUUCAAAAUCAUAAAAAUGAGCAACGGAGAUCCAGGCUGGGCAUGGACAAGAAUAAUUAUUUUGCAAACACAUUUUCCUGACAUAUUUUUGGAAGUAAGAAAAAAGUGUGGCAACAGUAUCAUGAAGAUUGAAACUGUAGGUGCUUUGUGUAUGUACGCAUGAGUGCAGACGAGUUUGAGAGAGAUACAGUGUAAUUGAGCCCUCUGCUUUUGUCAGCCUGGGAAACAGAUGCACUCUUAUUUUUUGAAGUUGUAUGACCCCGGACUGUUCCACAGCAGAAGGCAGAACAAACACUUAUGUUAUGCUUUAAUCAUAAGUGGAAUGGUCACAAUUAAUAAGAUAUUUUAUAUAUGGCAAAGUUUUAUGAAAUGCUUUUUUACUGUUAGAGACCUGUUUCUUCUGUUAUCACAGAACACAGUGUUUAUCAACUGCGGGCAUAAUUCUUUUAUUAUACAGUUGCAUGUAAAGGGAGCUUCUCAUUUAAUUCAGCGGAUGUGGGUAUUUUUAGGGCAUUGUAAUUGAUGGUUUUAAUAAUUGCCAAAUAAUUUUUGAUUAAGAGAAAAAAUGUAAUACAAUUACUGGUCUUUUAGAGUUACAGAACAGAAGUAAAUGAAAAAAGCUAUCUGAGCAUGUGUACUUACAGAUUCAUUUGGGUGGCUGAGUAAAAAUGCUGCUUUUGAAAUAAAAUUGGUGCUGUGUAGACACUUGUAACCAAAAUUAUUUUUAUAACAGGACUAAAAGAAGAAGAGAAGAGACCAUGGACCUUGAGUCUACAUGUUAUGCCUAAUUGAUUGUCUGCAGCUUACCUGUAUUUUAAUAUUGACUUUGUCCAGAUUCAGUGAGAGCAUAUUAUUAACAUUAUGAGGCAAAAUGCUGUCAUAGCCAGUAUUACUGAUAUAUUGCUGUAGGCACAAUAUAUAGAACAUAUCUUUUCUAAAAUAAGAAUUAUUUCCAGUUAUGAAAAAGGCAAAGAGUAAUAAAACCAAAUCAAAACCAAGGGAUUCUUUCUACAUGUGGGUGAAUAGCUGCUGAAGCCACAGUAGAAAUCAAUUUUUGAAUUUGAAUUGUUGAAAUAUCCUAGAUUGCAUUAAAGGAUGAAAUCCAGAGUCACAUAUCUUUUUUUAUUAUUAAAAGCUUCUGCAACCUUUUGCCACCAUUGCCAUAAAUAUGUAAGAAAAGCAGAUAGUAUAAGCCCCUUGUUUAUUAAGACCUCUCAGUAAAUAUUAAGCUCCAAAUAUAAUUUAAGCUAGUAAUAACAGGGCUGAAUGCUACAAUGUUUUUUAAAAAUGUUGUUUAUUUUUAAAGAAAAGAACAUCCCAUUCUAACCAGAUGUUCCAGCUAUGUCGCUAAACCAGCAGUGGCAGGAGCAGAGAGCACUUGCAUUAAGAGCUGAUCACCAUUUGAGGCACGCCGCUGAUAGCUGUUACUAACGCACAUGUGAGUGUAGCUUGCUACAUGGAAAUGCUAGGCUCUAGGGCAUGUAAAACGUGAAUACAGAAUACUAGAUUGUUCUAAGUAAUGUAAUUUCUGUUUAUGAAUUUGAUUUUUCCCUUCAUUUCAUGUCAGAUUGAAAAUGCAAACAAACUGCUUUCAAGAACACCCAGAAGCUAUCUGUGGUACCAGAUGUGUUGUGAACACUCUACUAUUUUUCAUAGGUGCUUCCUUGAAAUAUAUGUCCAUUGUAGUGAUGGAGAGGGACUGGACUCUCUCAGGCUCUUUACUUGCCAGUUGUCUCCUGGAGUUAAUGGAAAAAAAAAAUAUAUAUAUAUAUAUAUAUAUUUUAUUUUAGAACAUAAUUUAAACAUGAAGAUCUAUUCUUUGCACUUUUUAUUAAUAUAUAUAGAGAGAUAAUCUUUAAAAAAAUUAAAAUUCAAAUCCAUUUUCUCUUUGUGUUCUGAUUUUUUUUUCUGGAGUGUGGGGUCAAGGUAUAUGUUUAUUUUUAUAUAGCUAAAAAUGUUCACUGGUUCUGUGGUUGAGUUCUCUGGAGGAUUGUCCCAAACUUAAGUCUGACCAUUUUGAAAAAUUUAAUUGGAAUUUUUCCAGAGUUGAAAACUACAAAACAAAGAUUCAUAAGAAAUGUGUGAUUGCUUUUCUGUUAGCAAAAUCUUAUACUUCUGACAUGCUCCUUAUACUCCUUUUUUAUCCUUUGAGGAUAAACCCUCUCUUGAGAUAUUUGGCAUCACCGUUUAUGAGUAAGAUUGAAAAUCUCAUUUGUUGAAAUUAAAAUUUGCCACUUCUUAUUCAGGGGGCCCUUUUUUCCUUAGAAAAUAGUAUUUUGUAAGUAUUAGAAUUUUGUACAUUUGAACCCUGCUUGCUUAUCAAUAAUUUCUUGAAAAGCUAUUAUGAAUUAACCUUCCACCAAGGAUUAAAGUCUAAGGACUACUUUAUUUCUGUAUUGAAGAGAGAGUCCAUUAACUUCUCUUUCAAUGCCUCAGAAGUACAUAAAUAUCAUGACCUGUUUAAAUUUAAGAUUAUUUCUGCUUGCUAUUCAGACUUCAAAGAAUUAUGAUUUAAACCUCAGUGCUACAUUUUAUUUAAUUACUAUUUAAUGUGAGCUUCUCUGAGUACCUGCAAAGCAGACAUGUAUCAAGACAUCCAAUUACUACUGAACUGAAAAUGCUGUGACGUUCUCUAGUUACUAGAAUGGAUUUAAAACAAGAAGGUUGAGUUUUGAAGUCACAUUUCUCUUUCAGUUCUUCUCUGGAAAAGAAGUUCCUAUUUGGUCUUUACAACAACCCUACAAAGUCAGCACUCUUACUUAUCUCCAUUUUCUUACUAGUGAGGAAGUUGAUGCACAGAUAGGUUAAGUAAUACCAAAAGUCACGUGGCUGGUAAAUGACAAGACCAGGAUGCAAACCCAAGCAGUUUGGUUGCGGAAUCCAUGCACUGACAGCUGUACUGUAGUGCUUGCUGCUAAAGUUCCCCAGCACACACCUUUAUUGUUAGUCUUCCUUUUCACUGAAAAACUAAAAUGAGAUGUCCUCAAUAUCCAUUUUCUAAAUUGAUAGGCUCUGUAACAGAAUCACUGAUGUGGCUAAUAGCUCUAGAUCCAGAUUGGAAUUUGCCCUCGCCAUUUCCAGAAUUGUGAAAUUGUGGUUGGGACAAAUCUGUUGUCCUCCCUUCUCCUCUGAAAUGCCAUACUGGACACAGGCUGGGUGUCAUUCACAAGAAUAAAUGAACCAGUAAUGUGA